GUGGCUAUAAAGCCUCUUUUGACCAAACCCUUCUCCCUCUCACAAAACCCUAGCUUUCCCUCCUCCCCUGUUUUGCGGCGCGCCACGAACUCGCGACGCUCUCGAGAGAUCCAUGGAUCGGCGCAAGGGCGGCAACCGCGACGCCAACGGCAGCCUGGUCGAGGCCACGGCGUCGCGGCUGAGGGUCGAAUCCGACGAGGAGGCGGAAGAGGUGGGGAUGGAGGUGGAAGAGAGCUUCGACGCGGGGGUGGAAGACGAGCAGGCGGCGGCGGAGGUGAUUGGAAGCGAAAAGACCAGCGCCGACUACUACUUCGACUCCUACUCCCACUUCGGUAUUCAUGAAGAAAUGCUAAAAGAUGUCGUUCGGACAAAAACAUAUCAAAAUGUUAUCACCCAGAGUAGCUUUCUUAUCAAGAACAAAGUAGUCCUUGAUGUUGGUGCUGGAACUGGAAUUCUUUCUCUUUUCUGUGCAAAAGCAGGAGCUAAACAUGUCUAUGCGAUUGAAUGUUCCCAGAUGGCAGACAUGGCACAGGAAAUUGUAAAAUCAAAUGGAUAUUCAGAUGUCAUAACUGUAAUAAAAGGGAAAGUGGAAGAAAUAGAACUUCCAGUCCCAAAAGUAGAUGUCAUCAUCUCAGAGUGGAUGGGCUAUUUCCUCCUGUUCGAGAAUAUGUUGAACACUGUCCUAUAUGCACGUGAUAAAUGGCUUGCUGAUGGUGGUGUGGUCCUGCCAGACAGGACUUCUUUGCGUCUUACUGCGAUUGAAGACGCAGAAUAUAAGGAAGACAAAAUUGAAUUUUGGAAUAAUGUAUAUGGAUUUGAUAUGAGCUGCAUAAAGAAACAGGCGAUGAUGGAGCCACUGGUAGAUACAGUGGAUGCAAAUCAGAUUGUCACUAACUGCCAGUUACUGAAGACAAUGGAUAUCUCCAAAAUGACCCCAGGUGACGCGUCCUUUACUGUACCAUUCAAGCUGGUAGCAGAGCGGAAUGAUUACAUUCAUGCUCUUGUCGCAUACUUUGACGUGUCGUUCACCAAAUGCCAUAAGCUGAUGGGCUUCUCAACAGGCCCGAGAUCGAAAGCCACUCACUGGAAGCAAACUGUUCUCUACCUGGAGGAUGUUAUAACUAUCUGUCAGGGGGAAAGCCUGAGUGGUUCCAUGACAGUCACACCCAAUAAGAGUAACCCUCGAGAUAUCGACAUUAAGCUCAAGUACUCCAUAAAUGGGCAUAGGUGUCAGGUAUCAAGAACACAGUUCUACAAGAUGCGGUGACAAUGGAACAAACAAGAGUUGCUUCAAAGCUCAUUAAAUUUUGUUUAACGAGUAUCUUGUUUGACAGAAAUUGUGCUAUUUUUAUUGUUCAUGUACUAUGCAUCAAAUAUUAGAUUCUUUGGAAUCUAGCAAAAGUAGGGAGUAGAUUAAACUGGUCUGCUGAUAUGAGAUUGAUGUAGUGCAAAACUGUCAUAUUGCCACAAGGCCGUUGGUGGUUGUAUGCAUUUGAAGUCGGUUGCAAAUUA